CACCCGACAGAUGGCGUUGCGUUGCGACUCGCCUCCAGCGUCGUCUGUCGUCUGUCCACUCCGGUUCGCGUUCAAACACGUCGUCGCCACUUCUCUCAAGGUUGAGGUUACGGUUAGGCCACAACCUUGCGGCCGUUCUGCACGUCGCACAGCUGCGCUUCAGCAAAGGGUCGCCGCUCCUCAGUAAAGGAGGUGACUACAUACCCGCUACAAUGUCCACCAAGCAGCUGACCUUGCAGCAGCUCCCAGACGACGUCCUCGUCCUAAUGAUGCAGCACCUCGCCGUGGACGACCUGUUCGCCUGUCGGCUGGUGUGCAGGCGUCUCCGUGACCUCGCCCUGCACCCGGAGAUAUGGUCGCACCGACGGCUCGACGAGGACAAGCCCUGCGUGUGCGCGGUGCUGGGCCUGGCGCCGUGCCUGGACAGGGCCGUCUACAGCAAGAAGGUGCACACCCGAGCGUUCACCAUGACGAGGUGUGCCGUUAGACAUUUGACAUUGCGUGUUAGGCAGGGCACUGAAUGCGCACGGGCCUGUAUUGCGCUCCUCAGGCAGGAGGUGCUCGGCCGUCUCAAGAGCGUGCAACUACAUGUGUCUUAUUCACUCGAAGACGUUGCUCCGGUUGCACCCCUCGAAGAUGCCGACGCGUUAUUAGGGACCUUGGUGGCGUGUCGUGGCUUAGAGUCGCUUGACCUUACGGACAGUCUGCCCGAGCAGUAUGUCAUGCGCCCCGUUCUCCACGGGCCGUCGAGGUCCUCCCUCAAGUACUUUCGUUGCUACCUCUCGGAGGAGACUGCGACCUUCGUGAACACUGUGCUGGCCGGGCACGCAGCUACCCUACAGGAGGUUGACUUCGGCUGCCAAUACUUCGAAGAAGAGGGCACUUUUCAGCCGUUUGUUGGCUUGUCCGUACUAAGGAGGCUAACGUGCACGGUGUUUACUGGGAUGCAGGCUCUCGCCUCGUGCAAGAUGCUGACGGCCGUGUCCUUGUCCUUGUUUGAAGACUAUACCCCCGAAAGUGUCGUGCAAGGGGCUGUCGAAUUCCUCCGACUGCUAGCCGGCCAGCUGCGCACAGUUUCCCUUGAAUUUCAGUACGCCGAUGGCGACAAUGAACAUUUCGAUCGUCUUCUGAGAGCCCUGGCCUGCUCCGGAGAGUCCCUCGUGGAGCAGUUGACCAUCUUGACCAUACCCAUCGGCGCGCCGCUGCUCCGCGCGCUCCCGCGGCUGCCCGCCCUCCGGGUGCUGAGCGUGUUGAAGUCGCCUCUGGUCGACCCCGAGGACGACGAUUGCGUGGGCGACAUCCUGGCGGGCAUCACGCCGGCAACGGCGCCCAGCCUGCGCCGGCUCGAGCUGUCGACGUCGGACUUACAAGGCUGCCUCCACGAGUGGCUGCACCGGGACGCAGUGGGGCGGGUCCUCGCCGCCAACCCCUCGCUGCACGUUCACGUGUGGGGCACCCGUGGCUGCAGAGGAGGCGGGCCCUGCGAGGCCUGCGCGCUGGGCUGCCACCGAGAGGCGAUCAGGGACUUCAAGAAGGGGCGCCGGGUCGGCUUGUUCUCGCACGGCCCCGGGGAGUGCACGCACCCAGAGGACCACAUCACCGGCGACAAGUGGACCUGGAUACACUUUUACUGCAAUUCUGACUGAUCUCUGUAAAAUACAGCACGCAGGUUAUUUAGUUUAGCCUAUACUAUUUCUCAUAAAUGUCGAAGUGUGGUUUAAUAAAUGACUUUUCUUAA